UCAAUGACAGUGUAAGACCCGAGAGCUUAUGCUUUAAACCCACAAAUCAAUGGCCCUUUUUCUGUCACCAUCUUCCUUAAACCCUUCGCUUUCUUCUCCCGACAACCAACAUUGUACUACAAACUCCCUUCCCAAACCUGCGCAACUCACUACUGGUCAUGCCGUCCCUUCCAAUCUUCCAUCUCUCUCGACCAUAUCGUCACCUACAACCCCAAUAACUCCAUUACUAAAACUGCACAAAGACAACUCUCCUCACUCUUCUUCCGACCAUCUGUUUCCUUCACUUUCUUUUUCCAAUAUUCUCUUCUUUAAAUCAGCGUAUAAUGUUCAGGUUAUAGCUGGGGAGAACGAGCCGGAAGAGAAGCUCAUCGGCCGCUUUCGUAGAGAGGUUCUCAGGGCUGGAGUUAUCCAAGAGAGUAAGCGCCGAAGAUUCUUCGAAUCCACUCAGGAAAAGAAGAAACGCAAGUCUCGUGAAGCUGCUAAACGAAACAGCAAAAGCAUGCUGAAAAACUCCUGAUUCCAGCUAGCUGAGCGCCUGAGCCCAAGUAUUUGCUAGUACUAUCAUACUGUAAGCACAAUUAACUGGUGGAUGCUCGCUUUUCCUUUUCGCCCUCUUUUGCUCUUUUGAAAGUUCGGGGUUGGGUGUCAGCAGCUAAAAAAGUCAUAGGUCCUUUAAAUAUAAAAUAAGAUGCCUUCCUAGUGUGGAUUUUGUCCAGAUAGGUAAAGUGAAACCUGGAAUCUUUUAGAGAAGCAUCUUGGUGUUAUUUUUUCCUAGGAGUCACAAUUGAAUUGCAUUAAUUCGUUAAUUUAAAUGUGUUGAGAUGAUAACUCUUUGCAAUGCCUGGCCAUUUUCAAUCCCUAGCCAUUUCCCAACAAUGAGUGAUUUGAAUUCUUCAGUUUUUGGAUGCUUAUGACAAACCCAUUCCUUUAAAGAAGAAGCAUUUGGGUAUUAUCUUUUCCUAGGACUCACAAUUGAAUACGUUAAUUCGUUAAUUAGAAUGCAUUGAGAUGCUAACUCUUUGCAAUGCCUGACCUUCUUUAAUCCCUAGCCAUUUCUUAUCAAUGAGUAAUUUAAAUUCUUCCAUUCUUUGGAUGCUUAUGACAAACCCAACAUUUACUGAUUUCUGAAACUCUUGUGGGCACUUCUAAAGGAAGGUCUUUUUAUUUAAUAUUGAAGAAGCUACAUUGCAUUUUUGAACACUAUUAUAUCAGCAAGAGUGUGUUUAGAGUAUCCUUAACUGCAUCUUGUGGACUGGCUGGAGAGGAACAAGGCAUGCUUUGAGGGGAAGAGGUUGCAGAUAUACAACAACAACAACAUAUCUAGUGUGGUCCCACAAGCAGAUACCUAGAAUAAAAAACAAAUGUAUUAAGAAUUUUGUGUUAUAGUAAUACUCUAGAUAGAUUGGAUCAUUAUUUGGACUUUAUGUACUUGUUACUUGUUAGAGGGGAAUAUGUAACAUGUUUGGUGUAAGAGCUGUAGGGAUGUCUUGUACUUGUUUCUUUACCAUCUUGGCACCAGUUGAUAAAACUUUUUGACUUUUCAAAAAAAAAAAAAUAUCGGCAAGAAUGUGUUUACACUUUUUCACAUAAUUGUCUAAAAAUAGGGAUCAGAGUUCAUUUGGGGGUGUGCAAAACUUCUCCUAGCAUCCAAGUUAGCUUUCUUUUGUUCCUUUGGAGUUUUUUCAUUACAUCUCUUGUCAUAUUCAAUGGACCAUUGUUUCAAAGUGCCAGACACAAGUGGUAACCUGGAAGUAGACUGCAUGGACGAAAUUUUUAAACAUAGGGGAUUGGACGAGCAUAGUCCAUAGCAUUAUGCUUCCUCUCCUUCCUUCCCUGUCGCCUGUGCAGGGGAGAAAUGAGAAUUACGAAGGCAGCCCUUCGAAAACUUCCGAAAUGAUGAUGCACACUUUAAUCUGAUGGUGCUAACUUGAGGAAUAUAAUUGAAUGGCAUUUGCAGUUGUUCAUUGACUUUGGUGCUAAGUCUAUCAGGUCUUAUUUGAUUCUAUUUUCUUCACUUUCAGCCAUGUGAUCACAGGUUCUAGAGUAAGUUUAGGCUGGUAUAUUUAGCUCUAGUCCCUGAAAUAAUGGAUAUAUUUGGUGAAUUUGAGGUCAGCAAAAGAUAGAUUACCUUUUGUCAUAUUAAUCUUGGGAAGUAAUAGAUUGAGUGUAAGAUAAACCGAUUGGAGGGAGGUAAUGAGCAAGAGAUUAAAUGGAUCCUCUUGGGAAUAGAAACUUGCAUUUUAAUUCAUUAUCAGAUUUGUCAGAUGUUGACAACUUGAGUUCUUUUGUUGUAUUAAUCUUGGGAAGUAAUAGAUUGAGUGUAAGAUAGACCGAUUGGAGGGAGGUAAUGAGCAAGAGAUUAAAUGGAUCCUCUUGGGAAUAGAAACCUGCAUUUUAAUUCAUUGUCAGAUUUGUCAGAUGUUGACAACUUGAGUUCUUGUGCUUGUCCUUGCAAAUUUUGCCUUCAAAUUGGAUAGCUUAGUUUUAGUGUUGUUAACUCUUAAUGUAUCGUA